UUAAAUUAAAUUAAAUUAUCACUACAAUAAAAAAAACACAAUUUACUGAAACCCUUUUACUCCUCCUCUGUCAAUGUCAUCAUCUACUAAUCGUCCAUGGCAGUUUCAUGGGUGAGAAGUAGCUUCAGUUCAUCAUAUUCGUUUCUUAGUGAUCUCUGCUUCCUUCAGUGUUAAUGGGUUUCAGUCUCUUUGUUCUCUAUGCUCAAGCUGCCCUUUUCUCCUCUUGUGGAUUCCAAGAAAACAAAGGAAAACGUGCUUCAGUCACAACAAGCUGUCGCCGCCGCGUGGUAACAACUUCUUCCCUCGCGUUUGCCAUCUACAUCACACGGAGUCUCGUUGAUCUUAAUGAUUUUUGUUUUUUCUUCUUGUACGGAGUACCAGAGAUUCCUGUAACAUACAAAGGCAAUGGUAAUAACGAGAUUCCAGGAAGAAUGGUGUCAGUUCAUGAUCAGCCACCCUCUCUCUCCACCGUCUCUGUUUUUAAUGUCAUUAUUGUCACCUCUAAAACACCACCAUCAAAACCAUUUUGGUAGAUCUAAAUGUCUUUGAAGGAGACAAUGACUAGUGACGACGGUGGGCUGUGUUUUGACGUCGAAGUUGGUGUGGUGGAGCAGAUAUGAGUGUUUGACUUCGACGAUGGGAUGGUGGCGCAAAUCUAAGUGUUUUGACCGUCGGAAAUGGUGAAAAACAUUAUUGCGACGGGAGGACGAGAGAGUGGUUGUUGUUUGGUUCCGUCCUCAUUGCAUCUUCAACUUUGCCAUCACCAUCGUCGGAAAUGGUGAAAAAACGUCGCUGUCGGAAAAGGGGCGGUGGAGGUGGUUGGUAGCGGGAGAGAAGUCAGCGGAGAAGAUAGGGGAACAUAAUUGAGAAGUGACAUGUCUGUGUACAUUACAAAAUAACACUUUUUUUUUGUAGUGGGCAAAAUUACCCCCAAUUUAAUCAAUAAAAAAUGCCACAUAAAGGGUGUAUAGGAGAGGUUUGCCACGUAUGGUGGCAUGUAUCAGAACUCUUUAAAAAGUCAUCUCAUUUGAAAUGACCUCACACACACACAUACACAUAACGAAUUGGUUCAUGAACCAAACGAAUUGAACUA